UCCUCCUCCUCCUCCUCCUCCCCCUGCUUUUGUUUUACUAUCAGGCGAGAGUCUCGCUUCCUGUUGAUACCGGAAUAUUGUGAAUGGGCAGGGAAACGCCACCUUGGCCCGCUUCCCUCUUUAUCUGCCCUCCGUAGCUGGAUUCGUCCCUCGCUUUCCUGGGCAAUUCCCGGAGGCCGUUUGGGCCGGAACCGAGAAGGCCUGGGCUGCAGCUUCGGGAGAGGGCAGGGAAGGAGAAAAAACAAGGGUCAGCGUCGAAACUGGGACUCCCCGCCCUCUCCGGCGGAAAGCGUCAGGUGCAGGUACGGACAAAGGGUAGCUGGAGUGUCUGCCGUAGGCACAAUGGAGGAAGCUGCCGCCUGAGGGCCGCUUUGUCCCUGACGCCGAUGGCUGAAGCCUGGCGUCUAGAAGAAGACGAGGAGGAGCUGAAAGAGGUCGGCAGAAGGCACCGGAGGGCGCUUUUAAAUCCUGUGACAGAUCGUUCAGAAAGAAAUAAACCAGACCACCGCUCAUCAGGCCAAGGUCCCCUGUCAUCUAUUAAGGCAGUGAUCAAGAGAACUUCUCGGACAUCUUAUCACAGUGAACAGCAAAGAGAAAGAAGACGCCCUGAAAUAACAAUAGUUGCAGCUGAGCCACUUGGGCCAUCCUCCUGGUUUCCAGGUGGAAAUCGUGUCCCUCAACAAGGGCUAGUGUUCCAGUCUACUCAUAGCCAGACACCUUGGAGAGCCAGUGAACUUGUUCCAGCUGAGCCACCUUCAUAUGAGCAGGUAAUCAAAGAAAUCAAUCAAGUGCAAAUCAUCCCACCCAGCAAUAAUAAUGCUGCCUGUGCUGCUAAUUCUAGAUGUACUACUACAUCUUCAACACAGACUGACUUUCCAGAAGAGAUAAUCAGCAAUUUACCAGGAAUAAAUGUGAAAAAUAAUCUGUCCAUUCUCUCUGAAUGCAAAAAUACUCCAGCUAUACAUAUUUCUCAGAAGCCACCUAGACCUUCUUCAUCUCUGCUAAACAGCAGUCCUCCCCAAAAUGAACAACUCUUAGUUAUCUUAGAAGACCAGACAUCUCAGGAGAAGUCUAAUGCUGUGAUAUGUCCUGUGCCAAAACCAAGAUCAAAAGGCAACCUGAAACCUGUGGCUAAAGACAAUCAAGCAAACAAUCAGGAACAAACAAGCCAGUCAAGGAGUGAAAGGGAUGAGUUAUCCAAUCAUUUGAUGUUCCUAUUAGAUGAUAGCCUUAAGGACAGUCAUAUAGUAAUAGACAGCAUGGAUACAGACAAGAACCAAAGUAACGUAUUAUCACAGAUUAAAUCAUUUGAAAUGCAAGGGACCGUUGACACUUCAGGACUAAGCAAGAAACCAGAAGUAUCUCCACGCUCAUUAGGCCCCAAACCUAUAAUUAGUGCAAAAAAGCCUGUGGUGGCACCAAAGCCAGGAGUUAGCAGAGCAUCAGGAGAGUGGGAGUCUUGGACAGAAAACAAACAAAAAGCCAUCUCCCAAGAGAAGCCCCUUCAGUCUCAGGAAGUUGGGAGCAAUAUUAUAACCAAGCCUGAAUUGCCAAAGAAACCAACAUCAAUGACUGUAAAGAGUAAUAGCAAUGGGCUCCUUAAUUCGGGAAGCAGGUCAGCAUUGGAGAAUACUGAUGGACAGAGAAAACUUCCCAUUCCUGCUCCUAGGCCACUUGUUCCCAAGAAGUCAGUCUCUUUUGAAAGUCCUUCUUUUCCUGUGCUUCCCCUGAAACCAACAAGUACUGUUCCCAAACUCUCCAUAGCUGCCCAGUCAAAUGCCUUUAGAUCCCCAGUGGACUGUUUUCCAAGCGAUGUUGUAGCAUCUCCAACACAAAAUAUUAGUUCUGCAGAAGGAGAUCUGAUCAGCUUUGAUGAUGAUGAUUUAUCUUCUAACACAGUCAGAAAUCUUCAAGAAGGUUCUCAGUCAGAAUCAGAUCUUACCAUCUUGCCAUCUAAAGCUGAGUCAGCAAAAGAGAAAGCAGUUCAGCCAGCUGUUGUGCGGAAACCUACUGUGAUCCGAAUCCCUUCUAAACCAGCAAAAGCUUUAAACAACAUUCUGGAAAGUCCUCCUCCACUACCUAUAGAGAAACCAAUUGGGAACACAUCUGCAACUGGAAAACCCAAUAACAUCAAAAUAAUUAAAAAGGAACCUGAACAGCCUAGCUUGAUACAGCCAUUCAAGAAUGUCCCUGUUCUGCCUCCAAGACCCGUUGAGGGGAAAAUCAUACCGGCUCGACCUUCUCCACCUAAAGGUGCCCCAGGAAGACCACCACCACCAAAAUCUACCAAAACUUCAUCACAUGCUGAUAGAUUUCCACGCUCAUCAUCUGAUGUGUCACUCCAUAAGAAACCUAGCAUGCUUGGAUUAGGAAUCAAGAAAACAAAGAGUGAUAUUUUUAAAAAUCAUGGCUCAGUUUUACCCCCUCGACCCAAGCCAGGUCAUCCUCUAUACAAUAAAUACAUGCUUCCUGUGCCUCAGGGGAUUGCUAAGGAAGAAAUUUCUUCUCAAAAUGCUGGACAUCUCUCUUGCAAGGAUUCAGCUAAUAUGCGGAAGAUUAGCGAUUCAAGUGUUCCACAUGCGAUAGUGCUGCAUAAUUUCAUAGCAGAACAUACUGAUGAUUUGGACCUUAGUACUGGAGAGACUGUUUUUCUUCUGGAAAAAAUAGACGAUGAGUGGUACAGAGGAAAAUGCAAGAACCGCACCGGGAUUUUUCCUGCUAGCUUUGUCAAAGUUAUUAUUGAUAUUCCAGGAGAAAACAGCUGGAAAGAAGAGCAGUUUUCACCAUCCAAUAUUGUAGGCCCAAGAUGUAGAGCUAGAUUUGAAUACAUUGGAGACCAGAAAGAUGAAUUAAGUUUUUCAGAAGGUGAAAUUAUUAUUUUGAAGGGGUAUGUCACUGAAGAAUGGGCCAAAGGAGAACUGAGAGGUACUUCUGGAAUUUUUCCCUUAAACUUUGUGGAAGUUAUCGAAGAUCUAUCUGAAUCAGGUGAUGGUGGCUUCCAACUGAGGAAUAAAAACUCAGGACCAAUGACACAGCUGGAAGGACAAGCUGGACAGUGGUGUGAUGCUCUUCAUGAUUUUACAGCAGAAACACAGGAGGACUUACCAUUUCAAAAAGGAGAUCAUAUUUUGAUAUUAGAACAUUUGGAUUCAGAGUGGUACAGAGGGAGGUUAAAUGGAAAGGAAGGCAUUUUCCCAGCUGUGUUUGUUCAUGUUUGUUCAGGUGGAACACAAUCAUCACAACCUCAGGGAGUGAAGAGACUGAAAGCUAAGGCCUUGUAUGAUUUUCAUGCAGAGAACACUGAUGAACUUUCUUUCAAAGUUGGUGAUAUCAUAACAGAGCUAGAAUCUGUAGAUGAAGAAUGGAUGAGUGGAGAAUUACAAGGCAAAUCUGGAAUAUUUCCAAAGAAUUUUGUGCAAAUUCUACAUCUCUCCUAAGGUGAAAUCCAGUUCUGGAGCAUUGCUUUUACAAGUGAAUACUUCACCUGAAGAGAAGAAUGUUAUAUUCUGGGCAGCAGAGAGAUUAUGAUCAUAAUCAUUUGAUCUAGACUAUCGAAUGCACUUUUGCACUAUUUUUGUAAAAUGUAUACUAAACUGUACAAUAUUUUGUUUUUAGUUGAAACUGAGACCCACACAUUUUUUUAAAACAAAAAGAAUACAAAGCCUUAUUAUUUAAACUAGGCACGUUUUAAUCAUUUUAUAUUUUCUCUAAAGUCCAGUGAAUUCUUAAACACGGCUUAAGUAGCUUCUUAUUUACAAAACAAAUCCCACACUACAGUUGGCAAGUCAUGUUUUCAAAACUUCCAACAGUUUUGCUACACAAAAGCAAUAAUUCCUGAUAUAUAAAUAAGGUCAUCAUGGUAAAAAGUCUGGGCUUUUUUUCUUUACUUAAACCAAUUAAGUUAAAUUGCUUAUGAAUGCAUCAGUUACUUUUAGCCUGGACUGAAGUAUCCUGAAAUGACUGGAUUCUAUGAAUUAAAGUGCCUUACACUAGGACAGACAUUAGUCUGUUUAGUCCAGGUUUCUAUCCUAGCUACUAAUGGCUCUCCAGGAUCUUUCAAACAGUGUUGAUUCCCAGCAUUUGCUGCCUGACCCUUUUUAAUGGACAUGUGCAAGAUACGUACUGUACAAUAGGGCUGUGCAAAACAGCCCUAUUGAAUGAGAUCCAUUGCAGUGUACAGCAGGUACAAAAUGUCUGCUUUGGUUAAAAGUAUCCACGUCUUUUUCCAAGUCUCAUACUGCUGCUUCAGAAGCUGUUCUGAACUAUCUCCACAUGCACAUGUAUAUGUUUAAUCAGCCCUAAAGUAUAAAAAUUGUAUAUAUUUUAUGACAAGUAACUUUUCUUAUUACUUCCAGCAAACAAACUUGCAGCUAUAGAGAUUCCUUACUUUCUGCAGCCAGUGGGUUCUGCUCUAUCAUAAUCUUAACUUAUAUCUAGAGUGGUUCUUCGAAGAUUCAUCGUUCUUCUUGGAUCCUUUAUUAUCUAAUAUCAUUUUGGAUCUUUUAAAUUGGGUGAUGCUACCCAUUGCCUUAUUCUUGUUGAAUCUGUUUUCAGGAAUUAAGGAUGUUCAGAAAACUAGCAGUGCUAAGUGAUGGAAGAAUAUGUUUCACAGGCCUUGCUACCAAGACUACCCUUACAAAAGUAGUUAUUACUAUAAAUUUGUACUACAGCCUGUGUUGUCCUUUAACCUCUAUCUCCUCAAUCUCCAACUUUAUGUCAUUUGAACGUUAAAAAAUGCAACUUAAAAUUAAACUUACAAGUCCCAUUUCUGCCCUAUAGUUACCCAAGAUUUCAUUCUUAAAAAUUGUGAUUUCUGGUCAGUUUUACCAGAUAUUAAUAUUAAAUGUUUUAUAAACUCUGAUAGGCUUAAUGUACCUAAAACAUAGUUCCUCCUAUCUCUCAAGACUUAAAUAAGUAAAAAAUGGGUCCAUAAUCCAUUCUCUCCUGCUCUAGUAUCAAUAUUACAUUUCUCCUUUUCACUCUGUGGCUUUUGGGAGGGGAAAAAAAAGGUAGUUAAGCACAUAGUCACAGCCUUGCCUAUAAUUGUUGGAAAAUUACUUUUAUGUGUAAGGGAUGCACAUUUACAGGCACAGCUAGCAAGAAUAAAUUUAACUAGAUAAAUAAUGAAAGUUCUUUCACAUUGCCCUGUUUUUCCUUAAAAAAAAAAGCCCUUUUGAUAGUUGGGGGGGAAAAAGCAAGCAGGAGCAGGUUCCCUUUGCAGAGCUCUUACACCCUCAUUUUCCAGAAUAGCUAGCUAGCUAAGCCACAAAAUACAUAAUCUCGUGGAUUCAGAAGCCAGGCCAUCAUUGUGAUCAGCUAACCUACUGCAGUUGUGGUUUGCAAGGAGUGCUUUGACCACAAUUUCACCCAUGCUCUUAAUUAAGGCCAGACUUUAAACCGAACUACACUUUGGUUUGAGGUUUAGCAUAUUGUGUGAAUUGAAUUAUCUUUACAUUAGAGGACAAAAGCAAUGAAAAAUCUUAAGCAACAUUUUGCUUUUGAUUCAAUCAGUGUGUUGCUUAUUCAUAAAAUGGUAAUUUCCUAUUUUAAUUUUUCGUCAUGCAUGCUUCCUGUUCUCAGUGGCUUGUUUUGGCACUUACAAAUGAGACUAUUCGAUAUCUAAUAUUAAUCAAGAUUUCUGUUUAAAAACUGCAAGAAAAUAUACACCUGUUAGGUAAUUUUAUUUGAAAGUUUUUCUUCUUCCCUAGGUUUUGGUCAUUCUUUAAGAAUAAAAUAGCUACACGAUAAAAAAAAUAAAUACAUAAUCAAAAUUCAGCUUUCCAGUAAGGAGAUAUAGGAGCUAAAUUACAUGAACAUAGUGUUAUCAUCAAGUAGUGUGAAGUUGGUUAGUGAAGCAGAACCCACCCCUCACAAAGCAACCCUUGUUGCUAUCUCAUACGUUUUGCUAUUUUUUUUUUUUUUAAGAAUGAUGGAUCAUAUUUUCUAUAUAUGUUGACUGGAUUAUUUAGGCUUGUGAAGGUCACUGGAAACCACUAUCUACCAGACUGCAAUGUUUGUUAAAAAUGAUGGCUUUUUAAACUUUUCAUAACUCAUAUAUUUUCAGAUUUUGUAUUUUCCCAUAUUCAUUCUCAAGUAACUGAGAAUUGGUUGUUGUUUGGUGUUACUAAUGGAAAUGCACUAAUUACUAUUUUCUACAUUAGUAGUAAAUGUGGCUACUUUUAUAUCAUUGUUUAAAGCAAGCAAGCAUCCAACUGAGCAAGCUUUGUUAUCUAUGUAUUCAGAUUGCCAAAUACAGCUACUUCACUUGAAGAGUGCCAUAUAAAGGCUUUUAAUACAGUGUUAAUAGUGUUAAGUUGAGAAAUGCUAAUGACAUUCCCAUUUAAGAAACUGUUACCGGUUUCUAGAAUGAAGUUUUAAAGUAUGAUCAUAUGCUGUAAGAUCACAAAGAUCUUAGAUCUAAAGAUCACAUGCUAAAGAUCAAGACUCUCAAAUACAACAGAAGUACAGCAAUUAGCUGAAUGUAUAAAUACAUAAUGUAUUUAUAAAUGUAAACCAGGUUAUUAUAGCAGCUAUUUAAUCUCCAGAUCAAUUUAAUGAAUUUUCUUCAGAGAUUACACAGAUGUAUACAAAAUAAAUACUUUUGCUUCAGGAAACUU